GAUCCAGUGAGCUUAGCCCAGCUUUUUCGCUUUUGUGUCCCUCCCUUGUUUCCCCACCAGCAGCAGCUUUGGCAGGGGCCAGCUGCCCCUCCGCACUGAAGGGAUGUUUUUUCUUGUUUCCCCAGAGCUCUUGUCUAUGCCAGCCAUAAAGAGAUUUUCUGUGUCAUUUGCAAAGCAUCCAACUAAUGGGUUUGAAGGCUGCUCCAUGGUGCCCAGCAUCUACCCAUUGGAGACACUGCACAACUGCCUCUCUCUUCGCCAGGUCAGCGAUUUCUUGACCACUCUGUCUGGGAGCUGCCCCAACGCCCAGCCGAGGCCUGGCACAGAGGGGAGCAUCCUGCUUGAUGUGGCCUCCAGCAAAAGCUUCAUGGAAUUCUUGCCGCCUUUGGCCAGCUGCUUCCACGAGGACCAGCCUGGCGAUAGGCCCCCCAGUGAGGAACUUCUCAGCGUGGAAGAAGGGGGCCUGCAGGGCUUCAUCCCUUGGGGGGAGCUCUUGGCAGUGAGCGAGGAGGAGGCGGUGGGGCCAGAGCAAAAUCGGUUGGAGGAGGCCUCAGCCGAGGGGGAAGAACAGUCGAAGGAGGGAGAGGGGCAGCCGUGGGGCCCAGAGCCGGAGCCAGACAGGCUGAACAGCAAAGAGGUGUGAGAGAUCUUGCCUAAAAGGCCCCCGAGCGAGGGGCUCAGGGACCUUGCCUAGGGAGAGAGGGCAUCUUCUGCUCCUCGGCAGCACCUGGGAGACUGCCAUUUGACCAGCCAAGGCCCAGAGCGGUGAAGACUCCAACAUGGAGCCAUGUUGCCCCAGUGGAGCUGAGGAAGCUUCAGGAACAGCCCAGGGGACUGUGCACUCCAGAUUUCCCCUGGGGUUCUGGUGAAGCCACGGAAGCAGCGAUGAACAUGGCUUUGGCCUUUGGAUGGUGUAGAAAGCGGACUGGCCUCCCUGAAGCCUCUUUCCAGCCUUGCUGGAAUCACCAAGUGAACCAGGUUUUCUUAGAAAUGUACAAAUCAGUUGCUGAGUGGGGGUGGGGGUGUUACCAAGUGCAAAUAGUAAUAUAUUCUAUGCAUCAAUGGUUGGCAGGGGGGGGGUGGAGAUGUCAUGUCCAAAGUGUUGCUGGUUAAGAUUUCUGUGUUUCUGAAUUAUGACACCCUUACGAAGUCCUUGUGCUGUAGGUACAAUCUGUAGUAAAGCACUCUUGGCCCCGG